UUUUCAUUUCGCUUAGCGGAGGUUUUCAGUUCCCCAAGUAAGAGCUCCAGCCGAUUCUCUGCACACAGAGCAGAGCAGCGCUUUGUCCCCAGGGAACGAAGCGAUUUCAGACUUAACUAAGGAAUCAUCUAACGUGUUUCAACAACCCCUACUGUUUCUCUGUUUGUUUUAAAGAUAUCAGUGUGAUUUUAUUUCAUUUGCAACUGGAGACUAAAUGACACCAAGCAGAUUCUGCUGUUAGGUUAGAUUACAAGGACUCUUUCCAAGCCACUCAAAAACAUGCAGGCCUCGUCAUUCAUCUAUUAUUUCCUGCUUGUUUCACUGUGUAUUGAUUUGUCACAAAAUGAAACAAGUGCAGCCCUUAGGAGGCAGAGGAGAAGAAUGAGACACAGAGGGCUGAGGAAGGGCUCCUACGCAGGGCGCCGGCUCCUCAGACAGCCAAGGAUGAGGCCUCCAGCUCCUGCAGCACCCAGCAUACCUCUCAUUAACAUUGAUGAUGGUGUCGUGGGAGUAUUUGACUCGCUCAUAGGUUUGGGUGGACAUGAAUCCAGUUACAGUGUCUUACCAGGAAAGAAGGGGCAGUGCACAGCUAAUGGGAUGAUCAUGUUCGAUAAAGCUGUCUGGUCUCCCAAGCCCUGCAUUACAUGUCUCUGUUCAAAAGGAGAAGUGAUCUGUGACACAACCAUGUGCCAUCCGCUGAAAUGUCCCCAGACCAUCAUACCUGCAGGAGAAUGCUGCCCAGUUUGUUCUGAUACUGCCUCCCCAUUGGAUUCAAAUAUUGUUUCACUGGAUGAUAUAAUUGAAUUGUCUGGUGAUUCGCCAGAACCCAACAACCUCGACAACAACCCCAACGUGCUGUCAUCUGCACGUACUGAAACUGAAAUGGAUGGACUGCUUAGAACAGAAGUGGUAGAGAUUAAAGACAAAGAGGUUCAUAAGAAGGGUGAGAAGAGGAGAAAAAAGAAAGGCAAAAAAAAUCAACAGAAGUAUAAAGCUCAUCAGAAGGAAGAGAAGCCCGAUGGAAUGAAGGAUGAAGAAAGAAGGAGAUUGUUUGAAGAGGAAGAGCUGCAACUUGAAAAAGAAGUAAUAAAGAAGAGGCAAGGAGCAAGAACAAGAGAGAGAGAUGCAGAGGAACAGUAUGAAAGUGAUGAAGAUGAUGGAACUUUCCCCAUUCCUGUUCCUCCGAUAGAAGCUCCUCCUUUGCCAGCUGCGUGUUCCACCUCAGAAUCCACAGUAAGCUGUAUUAACGCCAAGCUUACACAAAUACCGCCUAUCUCAGAUCCAGACCUAGCAAGUCUAGACCUUACAGGAAACAUUAUUACCACCAUCUCCAAUGAAGCAUUCAAUGGGAUACCUAAUUUGGAAUGGAUUGAUUUAAGUAAAAAUAAUAUUUCCUCUUCUGGCAUUGGUCCACGUGCAUUCAAGACCCUGAAAAAGCUGAAGCGUUUGUAUUUGGAUGGAAACAUGCUGGUACAUAUUCCCUCUGAACUGCCAUCAACUUUGGAAGAAAUAAAAAUAAAUGACAACCAACUCCAUGCCAUUGAUGAAGAGGCCUUGCAAGGUUUAAAGAACCUGGUCACCUUGGAAUUGGAAGGAAAUAAACUCAGUGAAGCAAACGUCAGUCCUUUGGCCUUCUACCCCUUGAAAAGCCUCUCUUAUUUGCGACUGGGAAGAAAUAAGUUUAGGAUUAUCCCUCAAGGCCUUCCCACCACACUUGAGGAGCUAUACCUUGAAAACAAUCAAAUUGAAGAAGUGUCAGAAAUUUGCUUUAAUCAUACAAGAAAAAUAAAUGUCAUUGUGCUAAAGCACAACAAAUUAGAAGAACACAGAAUAGCACCUUUGGCUUGGAUAAACCAAGAAAACCUGGAAUCAAUUGAUCUCUCAUACAAUAAGCUGUAUCACGUUCCCUCCUACCUGCCAAAAUCUUUACUCCACCUGAUACUGAUAGGAAAUCAGAUUGAAAGGAUUCCAGGAUAUGUCUUUGGUCAUAUGAAGCCAGGUUUGGAGUAUCUCUACCUGUCCUUCAACAAGCUUACUGAUGAUGGAAUAGAUCCAGUGUCAUUUUUUGGAGCAUACCACUCUCUGAGAGAGUUGUUUUUGGAUCACAAUGAUUUAAAGUCUGUACCAUUUGGAAUUGGAGAAAUGAGAAAAUUACGUUUUCUAAGACUAAACAACAACAAAAUAAGGACGGUCCCUCCAGAACGCAUCUGCAGGACCCCCCUCCACGAUGAUGAUGUUCACUACAACAGUGAAGAGGACGAGGGUGAAGAUUCACGUUUGGAACACGUUCAUCUUGAGCACAAUUACAUCAACACAAGACAGCUAUCACCACAUUCGUUCUCAUGCAUAAGAUCCUACUGCAGCGUUGUUCUUAAACCACAGAAGACCAAAUAAAUACCCAACUUUGGCACUGCAGAACGCCUUUCUAGAAAAACAGGUUUAUUUAUUCUCUGCCACUAACAUGCCUGCUUAUUUCUCUCUAACCCCCCUUACUACUACAAAUAAGAUAGAAGACAUUAUUUACCAAAGGUAGAAUUGUAUUUCUUAAUAUUGUUCCACUAUGCAAAUAUUAAAUGUAAAAACAGAAGCUCAAACCCGUCAAAUCUUUAUUUCUACCAACAAAACUUCUACUUAAAUACAGUAGACAAAACUGUGACCUCAGACACAGCCCCACAACACCAAAUUUCAGAAGAGAAUAGAGCUGAGCAGCCAGCUUGGUCCAAUCUGAUCCGAUUAACUGAAUUUAAACCAUUUUAAAUGGUAUCAUUAGUUUCAAAAAUGAUACCAAUGAAAGACCUUGAACUACAAACAUUCUGUAGUGCAAGAAUCAAAUUUCUUCAUACGCACGCAGUAAUAGAGAAAAUCUACCCAAUUUCCAUCUGAAAUUUCAUUGGAAAAGCAUUCAAUUCUUUUCAAAACAUGGGACAGUGAAAACUUCCAGUCUUCAAACACGGAAUUUGACAAGUUAGAGCAAUUAACUUCUGCCUGGAUUAUUAUUUUUGUCUUUUCAAACAAAGAAAAAAAAGAAAAAAGGGCGGCUGGUCCGCUUCGCUUGGACAAUCCUUACUUGGCUCAGAUUUUUACACUGCCCAGACCAUGUUGUCUAUUUUGAUGGCUGGACAGAUAUUCUUGAAACUUCCAAAAAUCCAGUUUGUUGUUAACUGAAAUCUUACUGAUAGUCUUAAAUCACCCCAGUAGAGAUGAUACUGAUGAAGCCAUUUCAAUUUUAUACUUGAUAUUAAUGUCCACGUGGGUGUACAAGUACAUUCUUACAGUUGGAUGUUUCCCUAGAAGUUGGUUUAUUCUCUCAAAGAUUUAAAAACAAACAAAAUUAAUAUUCUGCUCCAACUUUAGUAUAACAUUCUUUCUAUAAAGUGGUCUAAAUUUUUGAUAGAAAACAGUUAAUAUUUUUCUUUUAAAGAAUAUAUUCCAUGAAAAUUGAAAGUAAUUUCAACAGCUUCCAUAUUCAUUAAAUUCGACAGUAUUUUCUUGAAAGAGUGGGCUGCUGACAAUAAAAGAUCAGAGGUGACUGACAGGUCAUUAUUUUUCAUGCAAUUACUUUCCAUUUUUUCUUGGGCUAUUCUGCAAGAAAUAACAACAUUUACUCUUUUUUUCCCCAGUACUAUAGGUUUUUGCUGCUUGAUUAUAUCUUCUUCAGAAUGGAUGGGAACAAAGGAUGAAAUGGCUUGAAAUGUUGACAUUUUGACAUUUGGGACAUUUUAAAAGGCACAUAAAAGCUGUAAACAACUGCAUACCAUACAAACCCUCAGGGGAUACAUACCAACUACUGAACUGUAAUUCUUUCCCUCACUCUGAAAAUGGUUUCCCAAAUAUCUCAAUCUUCUGCCAGCAAACACUGUGUAAUCAGCAUAAAUACAUUGUUCGUGGCCAUUUAACAGCAAAGGUGGUUGCCCUCAAAACACAGACAUUUCAGCUCAUUCCAGAUACAGAGAUACACAGAACACACAGAAAAUAUACAGAAACCUCCUGAAUUCUAUUUUCUCUGAAGCUAAACAACAACAAUAAACACAAAAUUGCAUAGUUCAAAGUCAAAGUUCUCUCAUCCAAAUAAAUCAUCACCUGCAAAGCACAGCGUUACCAUUGUGCAGGGAGUCAAAAUAUAACCUCCAUGUAAGAAACAUUCCUAAGGUAUGUGGACUUCUGUAAAACAAUUGCUUUGGAUGUUUUGUUUGGUCAAGUAUGUUCAGAAGUCAUAUUGUAGUGAUUUGUAUCUCCAAUAUGUGCUUUUUCACUUUUAAGAUAUCAUAAAACUGGAUUUUAUGCAAAUCUUUUGUCUAAGAUUUUUUCCUCUGGUCACGUAAUACAAUGCAUCUCAAGCUUAUUUAGCAUCUAAGUUGUUCAUACAAGAAGCACUUGAUAACAAAACAUGAUUUUAAAGUUAUGAUGCUAACAUAAUGCUGCAGAAACAGAGAGACUGAAGGAAAACAAUUCUGGAGUCAGAACAGAGCAGUAACAGAGACAGAAGACCAAGAAAGGGAAAAAAGUCAAGGGAUAGAAGUUAUGCAACAAAUGGAUGGAUAUUCACUU